AUGAGGGUAUACGCAUUGUAUUAUAUAACUGCGUGUCUGUGUGUCUCCCAGAUGCUGGGUGCAAAACUUGGUGACGAGAAAGAGUUGGAGAAACGCUAUGAUCGGACUUGCUAUUUGGACUUAGUGGACAUACAUUCUCGUAUCAAAGUAACAACACCGAUUCCAAAUAUGGGUGAAGUCAGUUAUUGCAUAUGGAUGAAGUCGACUUCUAGAAAUGAUGGUUGUUUGAUAUCUUAUGCUGUACCUGGUGAUGCCAACGAGCUGCUUUUGUACGACUAUGAUAAUCUGAAAAUAUAUAUAAAUGAUCAUUAUACCAAACAACUGGCGUUUCAGUCAACGAUGGCAUAUGUCAUCAAAUCUGCUUUACGGACAUCUACAACUGGGCAUUAUAAGUUGUACGUCGAUGGAGUGGUAGUAGCCGAUGGUACAAAAGCACAAGGAGUUACGCUUCAGGGGGGCGGAAGCCUAUACCUUGGACAAGAACAAGACUCAGUUGGUGGGAGUUUUGAUACUAAUCAAGCAUUUAUUGGACAAAUUACAAAAUUCAACAUGUGGGGGCGUGUUCUUAGUGCACAGGAAAUAAGUGCUCAACCAGACAAAGGUGAUAUUUAUACAUGGGCCUAUUCAACGCUUAGUAUGACAGGAACUGAGAUAAAGAGAUUACUAGAUAUUUGUG